AUGGCUAAUUCAGGCGUACGCAUUGCGAUCGACCGUGGCGGUACAUUCACCGAUGCCUGGGCCCGGAUACCAGGCUGUGAGGACGACGUUGUCAUCAAGGUACUCUCAGACAGUCCAGAUGAGUAUACCGACGCUCCGACAGGAUGCAUUCGACAAAUCCUCGAGAUAGCGACUGCAUCAACAACACCCCGAGGAGAGCCUUUAGACAUAUCCCCAUUCGAGUCGAUACGCAUGGGCACGACCGUCGCCACUAAUGCUCUCCUCGAAAGAAAGGCAGCUCGCGUAGCCCUCGUAACAACGACAGGUUUUCGAGAUAUCCUGAAGAUUGUCAACCAAGCACGACCAAAUAUAUUUGACCUCUGUGUGCAGCGUCUUGCCAAGCUUUAUGAGACGGUGCUGGAAGUCGAUGAACGUGUAACCAUUGAAGGGUACGCCGAAGAUCCCGAGCCACAACACAUUGAUGUGGAUGCUGAUCCACAACUGCGUGUCGGCCUCACAGGGGAGGCUGUGCGGAUUUUGAAGUCGCCAAACAUCGACGUCGUCCGAGAAGACCUCAGAGCACUCUGGCGAGCAGGCUACCGGAGCAUCGCUGUCGCCUUUUUACACCCAUACAUGUUCCAGGACCAUGAGAAUACAGUCGCCGACGUAGCCAGGCAGCUUGGCUUUCGUGUUUCGGUAUCAUCCGAGUUGCAGACUAUGGCAAAGAUUGUGCCGCGCGCACAAUCAGCUGUGGCGGAUGGCUACCUCUCACCAGUCACGGAGAAAUACCUACAAAGCUUUUGCAAGGUCUUCAAAGGUGGCCUAGAGGAUGCUAAUGGUGAAAAGCUUUUCUUGAAUCAGUCAGAUGGCGGUCUUGUCUCGUUCUCCAAGUUCACAGGGGUUCGAGGUGUUUUGAGUGGGCCAGCAGGGGGUGUGUCCUUGGCUUCGAUAUGGGUGGCACAUCUAGAUGUUGCUCGCUACGCCGGCAGCCUGGAGCAUAUUUUCGAGAGCACGAUUGCUCAAGUGACGAUUCAGACACCACAGAUGGACAUCAACACGGUGGCAGCCGGAGGUGGCUCCAUACUAUUUUGGGAGAAUAGUCUGUUCAAAGUCGGACCUCAAAGCGCAGGCGCGAAUCCAGGUCCAGCAUGCUAUGGCAAAGGUGGACCACUUACUGUCACUGAUGCCAACCCCUUUCUGGGUCCGAUCAUACCAGAGUCUUUCCCGCGGCCGUUAGACCAGGAUGUAGUCAAGCAGAAGUUCACGGACCUCACUGCUUUGGUGAACAAAAAAAAAGCAGGCCAUGGCACUCUGUCGGCAGAAGACGUUGCCCUUGGCGAAGGUCGUGGUUUUGAAACAGAUGCUCACGUACUAGGUUCGUUCGGUGGUGCUGGUGGACAGCAUGCGGUGACAAUAGCCCGCGAUCUAGGCAUACAGCGCGCAAUCGUCCCGAAAUACUCUAGCAUCCUGUCAGCAUACGGCAUGGCCGUGGCUGAUGUUGUAGUCGAGAACCAGGAAACGGUAGCUUGCACCCUCUCUGAAGACACCGUCACUCAACUGGCAGCUCGGUUCACCAAGCUAUGUCGAGCCGGCGUUGAUGGCCUUGUAUCUCAGGGCUUCUCGGAAGACCAGGUCGAGCACUCGCUUUUCUUGAAUAUGAGGUACCAGGGAAGUGACACAGCGCUGAUGAUCUCACAGCCUGAAGAAGGUCUCAGUGGCUUUGGCCGGUCGUUAAUUGCCAGACACCACCAGGAGUUCGGCUUCACUCAACCCCGUGAAAUUCUGGUCGAUGAUGUGCGAGUGCGUAGUGUAGCUAAGAGCAUCCUGGUGCGGCUUUCCAAUCCGUUCGAAGAGCUCAAGCGUGUACAGAUGUCACCACCGGUCAGCCCUGUCGGCGCAGACUCUCAACGCAAUGUCUUCUUCGAGAAUCAUGGCUGGGCCGAGACAGCAGUGCACUCACUGAAGGGACUUGCUCGUGGAACGCGUAUUCAAGGACCUGCUAUGAUCGUCGAUAACACUCAGACCAUAGUCGUCGACUCAGCAAGCGCCGCCACUAUCCUCCCCGAGCAUGUACUGCUGGAGAUCUCCGGCAUCGAAAAGCCCGAAAUUGAGACUGACCAACCAGACCCGAUUCAGCUCAGUGUCUUUGGCCAUCGCUUUAUGAGCGUUGCUGAGCAGAUGGAAAGCCCUGCAGACGAUCCGGAAGCCUACGGCGGCAGCGAAAAGUUCUUCCGCAACGUAUACUCGUACCUUGACGAUUGCUACCUGCAAGGAGUAUCGCCUAAGCUGUCGCAACUCUUGCUUUUUCUCGAUUCGGCAGAAAUGUCGGUUGCCUUGCCUGGACCAGCUUGGCUGGCACAGAAGGCCAGCUAUGCACUGGGAGUGGUGAUUGGGCGGUGGUAUGGUGGAUAUGUGCUUGGGUAUAAGUCCAGCUAUCCCGAGUAUUGGGACGAGAAUCGCGAGGCCAGGAAGUCGAAGUAG